AGACGGUGUUUAUAAGACUGCACCCAGGCAGCAACACACACUUAACCGCAUCGAGCAUCAACUACAAAACUUUUGGAUAAGAGAAACACAGCAUGAGAAUACUUUUACUACUAGCUGCCGUGGCUGCAGUAUCACAGGCCCAGACUGACUGCUCUCGAGGGGCUUGUUACCCACCCAGCAAUGACCUGCUGCUGGGCAGGGCUCACCAGCUCCGAGCCUCUUCCACCUGCGGCCUCACCGGCUCUGAGGUCUACUGCACCCCAUACCAACAGAGGAGGAUGAAGUGCUGUCCAUGUGACUCCAGGAACCCAAACGGUCAGCUGGCCCACACUGUCCAGGAUGUCCUGUCCACUGCCGGACCAGACAGAUGGUGGCAGUCUAAGAAAGAGGUGAAUGCAGUCACUCUCCAGUUGGACCUCAACAAUCUGUUCCAGCUUGACAGACUGACACUGAACUUCAAGGGUCCUCGUCCCAGUGCUUUGAUUAUAGAGAGGACACUUGAUAAUGGCAGGACAUGGGAACCCGCCCUCUACAUUGCUGCAGACUGUCAAAAAGCAUUCCCUGGUGUCCCCACUUCAACACCUCUUACCAUGGACCAGACUUACUGCUACACUCUGCCCCCUACUGGAAACCCAUACCAAGAUCAGAUGAUCCAGUUCAGUCCUUUGCGUCAGUACGCUUAUGUCCCAGUUCCCAACAGCCAGAAGAUUGAGGAUGUGACUGGCUUGACGGGGUUGAGGGUGAGGCUAGCCGAGCUGGGUGAUGUGCCACGUCUACCAGGCAGAGCUCUCAGUAGGUUUUACGCCCUUAAGGAGAUGAGGGUGAUGGGCAGCUGUAUGUGCCAUGGACAUGCCAACCGAUGCCUACCAGAAGCCUACAACAACGCUCAGUCCAACAGCAUACAGGUGAACCCUCAGUGUGACUGCCAGCAUAACACAGCAGGUGUGAACUGUGAGCGCUGUGCUGAUCUCUACAAUGAUCUGCCCUGGAGACCUGCAGAGGAGAGCAACACUCAUACCUGCAAACGCUGUGAGUGUAACAACCAUGCCCAACGCUGUCAUUUUGACGAGGAGGUGUACAAGGCCAGUGGCUCAAGGAGCGGAGGUGUGUGUGAAGGUUGUAUGCACCACACCACAGGGCCAAAGUGUGACCAGUGUGCCCCAGGCUACCAACCAAACCCCCGCAGCCGAAUGGAUCGUCCUGAUGCCUGCAUACGCUGUAGCUGCAGUGCGGAGGGGACAGUGAAUGAGGGCCGGUGUGACGAUAGCUCAGGCUCAUGUCAGUGUAAAGUGAACGUGGAAGGCCCCCGCUGUGACCGCUGUAAGAGAGGCUACUACGGCCUGAGCGCUUCUAACCCUCUGGGCUGCUCCAAGUGCUCCUGUUCUCCAGACGGGUCACUGUCAGGUGUUUGUGACCCAGUGACCGGCCAGUGUCCCUGUCGUUCCCACUUCCACGGCCUGACCUGUGAGGUGUGUGCAAAAGGCUACUGGAAACCAUUCCAGUCAGGACGAUGUGAGCCUUGCAACUGUGACCCCACCAGGUCCCUCAGUGAUACCUGCGACCAGCAGACGGGUCAGUGUCAGUGUAGACCAGGCUUUGGAGGCCAAAAAUGUACCGAGUGCCCAGACAACACAUACGGAGACCCACUCAUUGGCUGCCGGCCGUGUCUGUGUGAUGCUGAAGGAACCCUUCCAGAAGUUUGUGACAAGCAGACAGGAGCCUGUCUAUGUCGGCAGGGUGUCACCGGGCCUCGCUGUGACUCCUGCAAUCGAGGACACUGUGACUCCUUCCCUGCCUGUGAAACAUGUCCCUCCUGCUACUUCACCCUGGAUGCCCAGCGUCAAAACCUCAGCUUAGCUUUGGAGAGACUCUCCCCGAGCUUCCCUUCUCGUCCAGGUAAUGGUGGUCUUGGAAAUUUUGGGCCACGCAUCCUCACCCUGGAGGCCAACCUGAACCUGAUCCGGAACUCAAUCUCCCUUCCACCCAGUACUGCCAGACAGAUUGAUGAUGCUCUGUCCCAGCUGGACAAGCUCAGGGACCAGGUGGACAAGGUUAACGACGAUCUUUCACCCCUGAAAAGAACACCCGGUCUGGACUCAGAGCUGGACAAACUGCAGGGUCUGCUGGACAGCCUCCGUGUGCAGUACAAUGCCAAGAAAGAUGCCAUGACGAACUCCAUCAAUCCCAAUAAUGCAGGAGCAUUCUCUGCCAUCAAGAAUGCCUAUGAUGAGUCUACAGAUGCAGCUAAGAAAGUAAAGGCCAGCGGAAAAACAGUGAAAGAGUCAGCUGAUGUCAGAGAGGAGACUAAGGACCUUCAGAACCGAGUACAACCAGCCAACACCAAAGAUCUGGACAAACUGAACCAAAACAUGGCCUCCAAACCUAACCUCACCCCUGUGGCCAAACAGGUAUGUGGCAGUGUUCGCUCAGAGCCCUGCACCCCACUCCAGUGUGAGGGUGGGGACUUGUGUCCACCGGAGGGAACACCACCUUGUGAAAAGGGAGAAAAGUGUGUGGGUGCCCUGCCUCUCAGCAAGAGGGCAAACGCUGAUGCUCAGGAUGUGAAAAACCGACUGGACAAGCUGACCGGCAAAAUCACAGAUGCUGCAGAGAAGCUCCAAAAAACACAAGAGACAACCAAUCAGGUGAGACAGUCUUCAGAGAAGCUGUCCAAUAAGAUGAAGAAGACCAGAGACGAACUGGAAGAUGACUUAAAAGAGACGCGUGACGUUGUGAAAGAGCUCAAAGACUUCCUGUCAGACCCAUCCUCCAACCUGGCCCACAUCCAGGAGGUGAGCGACUGGAUCCUGAAAGCCAAACUGCCCCUCAACCUGGCCACUCUGAAGAGGAAGCUGGAGGACCUCAAGAAUCUGGCAGCCAAUCUACCAGACAGCAAGGCUGUGUUGAAUGAGGCCGAGCCACAGCUGGAUGCAGCCAGGAAACUGCUGCAGAAAGCCCAGGACACCAGGGACACGGCACUGGGGGUAAAGGCUGAUGUGGAUGGGCUUCUGGCAGGCUUCGGUGCAGUGGAGGGCUCCCUCUCUGACCUGGAGGACAGACUGCAGGACAGCAUGGAUCUCAUGGACACUCUGAACGACAACCUGACUAAGGCCAAAGACCAGCUGAGCCCUGCAGAGAAGACUCUGGAUGAUGUAUCAACACUGAUGAAGCCAAUGAAACCCCAGCUGGACGAGCUCAAAGACCUGCUGCAGAGUGGAGGCCAGCAGGCUCAGGAAGCACAGGACAAUGCAGACAAAGCUGAAGAUGAAGCAGCUGACGCAAAUGAGGACCUGUUGUCAUUGCAGAAGCAGCUGGAUCGUCUUAAAGAUAAGGCUGCUACCAGUGGGUCUGGUGGGGAGGCGGGGCCAGUGGGGGAUCGACUGGCAAAGCUGCGGCAGGAUGCUGGAGCUCUGGCCAACACCACUGAAAACAUGAUGAAGUCUCUGGAAGGUAAAGCAGAUUCCCUGAGGUCGCUGCAGGGUGAGAUCCUUCAGAAGUCAUCAAAGCUUGAAGGACUUGAUGCCAAGCUUAAAGACCUUUUAGCAAAACUUCGAAAGAAAGCCCACGACCUCACCGUCUGCCAGGGCUGAGAGAUACCAAACAGGCCUCAGAGCAGAAUCUGCAGUAGCCAUCACUAUGUCACUUCCGCAAACAUUCACCUUUUCAACUGUCACGAUCAGUCUUCACUUCACUAAAGGAGAACUCAUACUCUUGAACACUGCUAUAACUCUUCUCUGUAACAUUGCACCUCGUCUCCAGCAGUUGUCAAAGAAUUGUGGGAAUUAUAAGAAAUCAUCAUCAAUGGUUUCAGAAGGUAGAGGGAGGGUUUAAGGAGACAUAAAUGACUACACUUUAUUAUAAAAUAACUGCUAUACAUAUACAUUACACACCUAUACUAUACAUUGAGGAUUUUAUAAUGAUGUUGUAUCUAGAAAAGCACCACUGCUUCUGACAUCUCUGGAACACAGUGUGAAGAGCCAAUACAAACCUUUGUUUAUCAGCAGCACCACACUCCACAGUUAACAUGGCACCACAAUUAUAUAUUUCUGAACUGGCACAAGAGUGAAUAUUGCAUUAUUUAUUUUAAUUUUUGCAUCUGUUGUUUGUGCAGA